ACUGAUUACUUAAAAAUACUCCCAAGGUUGGGUUUCGGAGUCGAGGGGAGACUACAUCAGUGUGGGAGAGCACAGGAGACUCACUGUACCACGGGCACCUUUUUCAUCCUCUUCCUCUCUCUCUCUCUCUCGGUGCCCACCGGCGCUCACACACAGCUCGGCUGCCCUCGUCUGCCUCCGUUCCUCUUCCCCAGUCGUCGCCGAGGCCCACCGUACAAAUCCAGAAUGGAGGCCAUCAAGAAGAAGAUGCAGAUGCUGAAGCUGGACAAGGAGAACGCCCUGGACAGGGCUGAGCAGGCUGAGGCAGACAAAAAGGCAGCAGAGGAGAGGAGCAAGCAGCUGGAGGAUGAGUUGGCGGCCAUGCAGAAGAGGCUGAAGGGGACAGAGGAUGAACUGGACAAGUACUCAGAGGCUCUCAAAGACGCUCAGGAGAAGCUGGAACUGGCUGAGAAGAAGGCUGCCGACGCUGAGACGGAGGUGGCCUCCUUGAAUAGGCGCAUCCAGCUGGUUGAGGAAGAGUUGGACCGUGCCCAGGAACGCCUUGCGACAGCCCUGCAGAAACUGGAAGAGGCUGAGAAGGCAGCAGAUGAGAGUGAGAGAGGAAUGAAGGUGAUUGAGAACAGGGCCCUGAAGGAUGAAGAGAAGAUGGAGCUGCAAGAGAUCCAACUGAAGGAAGCCAAACACAUCGCAGAGGAGGCGGACCGCAAGUAUGAGGAGGUUGCCCGUAAGCUGGUGAUCAUUGAGAGCGACCUUGAGCGUACAGAGGAACGCGCAGAGGUGACAGAGUGCAAGUGCGCAGAGCUGGAAGAGGAACUUAAAAAUGUGACAAACAAUCUCAAGUCACUGGAAGCCCAGGCUGAGAAGUACUCCCAAAAGGAAGACAAAUACGAAGAGGAGAUCAAACUGCUGACUGACAAACUAAAGGAGGCUGAGACCCGUGCCGAGUUUGCAGAACGCACCGUAGCAAAGCUGGAGAAGACCAUUGACGAUUUAGAAGACGAACUGUACGCUCAGAAACUCAAGUACAAAGCCAUCAGCGAGGAACUGGACCACGCUCUGAAUGACAUGACCACCAUAUAAACUGUGCCAGACCAAAGAGGAGAACAGCAACAUGCACCGGAUGUUGGACCAGACUCUGCAGGAGCUCGACCAUUUAUGAAGCAUUGCUGUUUGCUUGGUCAUCGCCUGGCUUGCCUUGACUCCCCGUCCCUGUGCCUGCCAUUGCCCUAUAUGUCAAAUACCAACCCUGUGCCCCCACCCCACUCCUAAUCUUCCCUUUUCCCCAGUCUCUAACCCCUGUGUCAAAGAUCACCCACGUUGCCAAGUGAAGCAUUUGGUAGGGGGGGUGGUCACAGUGGAGGACAGAUCACUGGGCACUGAAUCUGUCUUGAUAACGCAGUCUUUUACUUCUUUUAAAAUUAAUUUUCUUCCUCGUCUCAAAGGUUUUUUAUUCUAAUGGAGCCAAAGUUUCCCCUAAGCCCCUCACUCCAUGUUCGCAACCUGAGAAUGGAGAGGGUGGGUGAUGGAGUUGGCGCUUUUGGGGAAAUCCCGGGGAUGCGGGUGUAAGGUGGCGAGAAGUAGGAGGGCACUGUGCUGCGAAAAAUUCCAGUCGGUCUGUUUGGCACCAUCACUGACCGGGCCUUCAAGCCCUCCCCCAAAAUGAACUGGUUUGGAUCUGAGUGCCUGUCCGUCUUCCCCCUUCACACCCACUGCCCCAAGUCUUACUCAUGCAGUCUCAGUCUGAGACAGAAGUGGCAUGCCACCUUAUGGAACCUGGUUAACAGACUGGUCACGACAGAUCGACUGCCAGCUGCCUGCAGCGUCAGCCCCUUGACUUACUCCUUGGACUGAUACAGCACCAUGGAGUUGUUUACAUUGGCACCUGGCAGCUAAAGGCAGGAACAGAAUCACUCCCACUCUGAUUUCUUGAGCGUUGCCCUAAGUAGCUUCACAAGACCGCGUUGGGGAGAUGGACCGCCAGCAGCCUUUCUCGACCUGCUGCCGAAGCCAGUCUCUCUCGUGCUGCGUGAGAGCCCAGUGCCAGUGUGGAGAUCGUUAGUGUUCCCAAUCCCCGUUUAAGCUGCUGUUGCCUCCCCACUUAAAUCUAACAGGCUGGUUUGUCCGAAUUGGACUGGAAAGAUCGACAGACUGAAGCAGUUCACUCAACGGCGCCGCCCCCUCUCCCGCUGUGGACAGAUGUGUUUUUUUUUAACUGUCAUCCUGGCACCCCUCUCUCUCUCUCUCUCUCUCUGCCAGUUUGCUGGAGGCUCAGGAUGUGCGUGCACUGCUCAGCCUGGCCCAGGACGUGCCGGGACCUAUCCCGCGCUUCAGCAUGAACUGGUGGUCGCUGUUGGCUCUCUGUCACCCAGCCGAGUUUGCAGUGAGGGCAAAAUUAAGGGAGUGAUGGGGACUCCCAUUCCUAACUGCUGUGCAUCCACCCCCUGCCAUGCUGAAGGGACCAAUAUCGCCCGAAUAGCAACCAAGGCACCAGGCAGCUGUGAGGUAUCCCAGGAUCGGAAGGCACGGGAUUAGAUGCAGAAUAAAAUGUCCCCUACACUGUUACCCCUGUCAGACACACCUAGAACUGGGACAGCACAGGGUUAGAUACAGAGUAAAGCCCCCUCUACACUGUAUCCCAGGUAGACUUUGGCAGAGGCAGGGAGAGAAACCCUCUGUGGCUGUGAGGCAGAGAUGGAUUAUAGAUGGAGAAUCCAGCUCCUCGCAACAUGAACCAAGUCACACAAGUCAAGUCUGUACUCAGCUGCCCUUAGAAACGGAUGCAAGCCAACAGUGUCCAUUGUCUCCCUCUCCCACUCACAACGCUUUGCCCUUAUCCUUCCUGUCCUCUCCCACUGCCAAAGCUCUCGACAUUCAAAACGUAUAAGCCAAGCGCCUGGUCAGGUCCUGACAGAACUUUUUUUUUUUAAGAAGCAGCUACGAUAUUUUUAUACUCAGGUCUUAGAUAUAAUGGAGAAGGUAUUUAUUUGAAAUUGUGUGUAAAAAAUGAAUUCAAUUAGACCCAGCUCCUCUGCAAGAGAAACAUCAGGAUUUGAAACGUGCAUAAUUUGAUCAUGGGCCAAGCAUCUGGAUCUGUCCUCAGGAGAAUAAAAAUUGGUGUAAUGAUUUGUUUUUGUUAAAAAAAAAUUUACAGGAAAGGACCAAUCUCUGGUAGUUGUUGCAAUGUGUUCUGACAAGCUUUGAGUUUAAUAAAGCAUAUCUGCUCAAGA